CACCGACAGCUCGACCCCGUGGAAGUGAACUCCGCACUCCUGCCGACCUCUUUGUCCCAGCCGCGCCCGUGCAUGGAGAUCGGGGAGGCAGGCAGCUGGCGCCCCGUCCGGCUACAGGGCUCCCGGGCACGGUCGCUGAAUGGUGGGAAAGACUUGCAGCCAGACGACGAGGAGAAGAGCCUCCAGGACCGCGAGCAGCUGAAGGAGACGGGCGGAGCACGGGUCCAGGCUAGCGCAGCAGGCUUCGAAGGAGUCGAGCCGAAGGAGCAGAAGCUGGGAGUGAAGGGCGCGGGCCUGUCGAGGGACUUCUCAGGGGGGGCAGCGCGCUGCUGCCCGAAGGUCGUCGCGGAGCUGAAGAAGGAGACCAAGGGUGCCAGGGGGCUGGACAGGGAUCGCGAGAAGAAAGUCGACGAGGAGUCCGUGGCGAUGGCGCAUCAGCGUCAGACAUGGGGCCCGCCAGCGCCAGUGGUGUACGAGGCGAUGAUGGAGAAUACCAGCACAAAGGAGAUCGGAGCCAUGAAUCGCAAGUCGCUAGAGGCCGUGAAAAUGACGUUCACAGAUGUGCCACCAGACUACCCCCGACUGUGCCGCUUCGAGUCAUGCAAGGACGACAAAACGAUCAAGCUAGCGACUGCCUUGGACGAUCUAGCCGAAGAACGAGUGGUCCUGGACAGAUUCAAGGCCAUGGGGGCGAUAGUCAUCCAGGGGAUG